UAAAGUACUUUUACAGAACUAGUAAUAGCUCAACUAGGGCGUAGGCGCUUUGAAAAUCCUCUUAUGAACCUGAGAUGCACAGUCUGCUACACGCCAACCAUCCCGGCGAUCCAUUUCACGAAUACGUCCCCAACAUCGUCGAGCCCUGCUGUACCCUCACCGACGGGCUGGUCACCGAAGCUGGUCGCUUCCACCUCCUCAGCUGCGGACAUCUCAUCGCCAUUGAUGAGAUUGAUAGACGCUGUGGCCGAAAUUGCCAACACGCCACGGAAUGGGCUUCUUCUAAUGCAAAUAACAUCAUGAAUCCAGUAGCACACGAAAUUCCAAAUCUGGCUGACAAUCUCCUACCACCAGUCAGCGCAACGCAAGCUCACGACUCAUUAUACUGCGAAGUGUGCACCGGCAUUCCAUACGACCGGUAUAUCAUCAUGCAUCCCCCCAAGGACUUCUUCGACUUAGACCCCAGCUUCUAUCCCCGCAUUCCAGAUCCCUAUGAUACCACCCCCAAGUAUUCGCGGCGCUGCAUCGCUCUCACGCGUCCACUACUCAAUUCUGAAUUCAGUCUUGAUAACGAACAGACUGAGUCUUUGUUGUCUCGGCCCUUCUUCCAUCUGAGUCGCGAGGCGCUCGAUUGGAUGAAUGUGCAUUAUUUGAUGUGUGGGCACCAGGUAUGGUGUGCCCCAACACGGCCGUGUGCAUCGAAUUGCAAUAAUCAUCCGCAGUGCAAGGUGAUGAUUUGUUUGGGGGACCAGAGGCAGAGCGACGCGAUCUUCUGCCAGGAGUGUGUUGGUAGGGCAGAGCUGGUGUACGCUAGGUAUGCGAGGAUUGAGAAGUCGCGAGAGGAGAUGGGCGACCCCGGAAUUGGAUGUGCUUGAGGACCGGCGUCAAGCUAUCUAGCUUAGGGACUCCGGUAACGAAGGGGUGCCGAUGAGGGCUAAUGGCAUAGAGCUCGAAUGCAAUACUAAGCGCGGCAAC